AUGGCUGGUUUCCGCUUCCUGCACUUGAUCAGGCCUUUCAUGGCCGUCCUGCCCGAGAUUGCUGCUCCUGAGCGCAAGAUCCCCUUCCGUCAAAAGGUUCUCUGGACUGCUGUCACUCUGUUCAUCUUCUUGGUCUGCUCGCAGGUCCCCUUGUACGGAAUCAUGUCCUCGGAUUCUUCUGAUCCCCUUUACUGGAUGCGUGCCAUUCUCGCCUCCAACCGUGGAACCUUGAUGGAGCUCGGUAUUACCCCCGUUGUUACCUCCGGCAUGUUCAUGCAGUUGUUGGCCGGUGCCAACUUGAUCGAGGUCGACUACAGUCUCAAGGAGGAUCGUUCCCUCUUCAAUGGUGCUCAGAAGUUGUUUGCUGUUUUGAUUGCUUUCGGUCAGGCUACUGUCUCGGUUAUGAACGGAUUGUACGGUCGUCCCUCUGAGUUGGGUGCUGGUAUUUGCUUGCUCUUGAUCCUCCAGUUGGUUGUUGCCGGUGUCAUCGUUGUUCUCCUGGAUGAGCUCUUGCAGAAGGGUUACGGUUUGGGAUCUGGUAUCUCUCUCUUCAUCGCCACCAACGUCUGCGAGACCAUUCUCUGGAAGGCCCUCAGCCCCACCACCUACAACGUCGGCAACGGUCCCGAGUUCGAGGGUGCCUUGAUCGCUCUCUUCCACUUGCUCUUCACCCGCUCCAACAAGGCCCGUGCCUUGAAGGAGGCUUUCUACCGCGACAACCUCCCCAACGUCAUGAACCUGUUGGCCACCGUUCUCGUCUUUGGCAUUGUCAUCUACCUCCAGGGUUUCCGUGUUGAGCUCCCUGUCAAGUCUUCCCGUUUCCGUGGCCAGCGUGGUACCUACCCUAUCAAGUUGUUUUACACUUCCAACAUGCCCAUCAUGCUGCAGUCUGCCUUGACCUCCAACAUGUUCAUGGUCUCCCAGAUGGUCUUCAGCCGCUUCCCCGAGAACAUCCUUGUCCGUAUCCUUGGAACCUGGACUCCUUACCAGGGCACCAACCAGAUGAUCGCCUCCGGUGGACUCGCCUACUACAUGUCGCCCCCCCACAGCGUCACUGAGGCCCUCUUGGACCCCAUCCACACCGUCGUCUACAUCACCUUCAUGUUGACUGCCUGCGCCCUCUUGUCUAAGACUUGGAUCGAGGUCUCUGGCUCCUCCCCCCGUGAUGUUGCCAAGCAGCUCAAGGACCAGAACAUGGUCAUGGCCGGUCAUCGUGAUGCCUCCAUGUACAAGGAGUUGAAGCGUGUCAUCCCCACCGCUGCCGCCUUUGGCGGUGCCGUCUUGGGUGCCGUCUCUGUCUUCGCCGAUCUCAUUGGUGCCAUUGGCUCCGGUACCGGUAUCUUGUUGUGCACUACCAUCAUCUACCAGUACUGGGAAAUGUUUGUCAAGGAGAGCAUCGAGAACUCUGGUGAUGCUCUUGCUUUCUAA